AGCAUUUUGGACACCGUCGUAGCUGUGUGCGCACGUAGUCAGCUAAUGAUGUGGGUUUGCAUACAAACACAUAAUUUAAUGAAAAAGGGAGGACUAGGAGAAAGAGAGUUACAAAAUGGAGUGUGUGGUAUGAUUGGUCAGUGUGGAAUUCCAUUGAAGGCAUUUCCCACAGCUGGAUCUGCAGCCCAGAACAAACAAAGCACUUUCUUGGGAAUAGAGAUACUAACUCUUCUUCUUCAUCUCUAGUAGGUUUUGUUGCAUAUGGAAAGCAAAGUUAGUUCAGCAGUACUAUUGGUGUUUGUUGUUCUAUGUGAUUUUAGUUCAGAUAUCUAGGUACAUUGACACUUAAUCACUUUUAAGUAGUUUUAAAGUUUUCAACUUUCUAGAAGAGUUGCAUUUUUGUAUAAAAAAAAGGCACAAUGCCGAGUCUCAUUCUAAUUGUAGAAGAUAAACAGAGGAUUAGCCUGAACAAGCAAAGAUGUUAAAUGCCUUAUUUGUUGCCAAAGGAUUUAAGAUGCUGCCACACUGCCAAAAUUCCUACAUACUCUGUAUUACCUCAAGUUUUAAACAGGACUAGGGCAGAGGACUGUAAGAGAAGGUGUUUUUUCUGAGAGUAGUACACAGUCCAUCUGUUACUGCUGGAUGUUUGGAUUAUGAGUACUGGUGGUUAAACGUGCCUUAGCGGCGUUUGGGUUUUAUUGCUCCAGUUUGAAAAAUGAAUCAAAGGCGACCUGUUUUGGAAGAAAAUAAUACAUCUGAAUUACACUCAAAUGGAAAGAGGAACAGAAGCAAAGACUGUCUUUUGGUGAAUGCUGAAAUCGGUGAGGACAGUUUCGGAUACUAUGGACAUCACUAUAGUGACUGCGCACAUCAGACUCUGCGGGUUGUGGCCAAGAGCAGGAGGCAGGCCACCAGGGGGGCAGCCUAUAUGUUCAACGCACAUCCCAACAGCCUGACACCUGUGGAGGAGCGAUUCCUUGACGCUGCUGAGUAUGGGAACAUCCCUGUAGUGCGGCGAAUGCUUGAGGAGAUUCCUGGGCUGGAUGUGAACUGUGUGGACUACAUGGGCCAGAAUGCCUUACAGAUAGCAGUUGGGAAUGAACAUCUUGAGGUGACGGAACUCCUGUUAAAGAAGGAAAACUUGUCACGGAUUGGUGACGCGCUCCUUUUAGCUAUAAGCAAAGGGUACAUACGAAUUGUUGAGGCCAUCCUGAGUCACAAGGCCUUUGCUGACUCCAGUAGACUAACUGCCAGCCCAAGAGAGGCAGCAAUGCAUGAUGACUUCUUUGCAUAUGAUGAAGAUGGGAGUCGAUUUUCUCAUGAUAUCACGCCGAUCACCCUGGCAUCUCACUGCCAGGAGUAUGAGAUCGUACACAUCCUCCUGGGCAAAGGGGCUCGUAUUGAGCAACCCCAUGACUAUUUCUGUACCUGCGACACCUGCAAUUACCAUCAGAAAUAUGAUUCAUUUAGUCACUCACGAUCACGUAUCAAUGCCUACAGAGGCCUGGCCAGUCCAGCUUAUCUCUCUCUGUCCAAUGAAGAUCCAGUGCUUGCUGCUUUAGAGCUCAGCAAUGAACUUGCCUGUUUGGCAAAUAUUGAGAAGGAAUUCAAGAAUGAUUAUAGGAAACUCUCUAUGCAAUGCAAAAGCUUUGUAGUUGGGCUUCUGGAUCUGUGUCGGAACACAGAGGAAGUGGAGGCCAUUUUGAAUGGUGAAGUUGAUGAGAGCUCUGAUCUCCCCGGCCGACCGAGUCUCACUCGACUGAACCUUGCAAUAAAGUAUGAGCUUAAAAAGUUUGUAGCGCAUCCUAAUUGCCAGCAGCAGCUCCUCUCAAUUUGGUAUGAGAACCUGCCUGGAUUGAGACAGCAGACCACAGCCAUCAAGUUUUUGGUGGUGUUGGGCGUUGCGAUAGGACUGCCCUUCUUAUCCAUGGUGUACUGGGUGGCACCAUGUAGUAAGCUGGGGAAAAUUAUGCGAGGCCCUUUUCUGAAGUUUGUGGCUCAUGGAGCAUCUUUCACUAUUUUCCUUGGCUUGUUAGUGUUCAAUGCAGCUGAUCGCUUUAAUGGGAGCAAACUGCUGCCAAAUAUGACCAUCCAGGACUAUCCAGCACAGCUGUUCCGCAUGAAAACAACUGCUUUCACUUGGAUGGAGAUGCUCAUCAUCUUCUGGGUAAUAGGGAUGAUCUGGGCAGAAUGCAAAGAGAUAUGGUGCCAGGGUCCGAGAGAGUACCUCCUAGAACCUUGGAAUAUGUUGGAUUUUGGAAUGUUAGCCAUUUUUAUAGCCUCCAUUGUGACAAGGAUACUGGCUUACUGGCAUGCAUCAAUAGCACAAAGUUAUGUUGAUAAAUUCUACACGGAUAUAACAAAUGUUACUUUACCAGUGGAGGUUGAAUACUUCAGACUGGCUCGUCUUUCCUGGCUGGCAUCAGAUCCACAGCUGGUUUCUGAAGGGCUGUAUGCCAUUGCGGUAGUUUUGAGUUUCUCUCGAAUCGCAUAUAUCCUUCCAGCCAAUGAGAGCUUUGGGCCACUGCAAAUCUCUUUGGGAAGGACUGUGAAAGACAUUUUUAAAUUCAUGGUGAUCUUCAUUCUGGUGUUUCUAGCCUUCAUGAUCGGAAUGUUCAACCUGUAUUCGUAUUAUUUGGGGGCUAAACAGAAUGACGCAUUCACAACCAUAGAAGAAAGCUUUAAAACACUGUUUUGGGCCAUUUUCGGACUCUCUGAGGUCAAGUCAGUGGUUGUGAACAACGGACACAAAUUCAUUGAGAACACCGGUUAUGUGCUGUAUGGAGUGUAUAAUGUCACUAUGGUCAUUGUGUUGCUCAACAUGCUCAUCGCCAUGAUCAACAGCUCCUUUCAGGAGAUUGAGGACGAUGCAGAUGUGGAGUGGAAAUUUGCCCGGGCCAAACUCUGGUUCUCCUACUUUGAGGAGGGCAGGACCCUCCCUGUGCCAUUCAAUCUGGUGCCAAGCCCAAAGUCUAUGCUCAGUUUGGGCCUUGGUUUAAAGUCGCUGCUAAUGAAACUCUUGCACAAACAAAGAGCCAUUAUGAAGAAUGAGGCAGAACUCAAUGAGAUAGGACAGAACAAAACCAACAAAAUGACGAGUCACCGUUAUCAGAAGAUUAUGAAGCGGCUGAUCAAACGGUACAUCAUCAAAGCUCAAAUGGACAAAGAAUUUGAUGAAGUCAACGAAGGUGAACUGAAGGAAAUAAAGCAAGACAUUUCCAGUUUGCGUUACGAGCUUCUUGAAGAAAAGUCACACAACAUGGAACACAUGACUGAACUGAUUAGCAAACUUGAAAAAUGCAUCUGUUUGCAUACGGAGUGACAGAAGUGUGUUUUUUAUAAAACCCUACUCCCAGUCAUGAUCGUUUGGUUUCAUUUGCAGACGAUAACAAUUCAAAAAAGUUCUAAAUAUGGGAAAUCUUCCUUUUUAUGAUACAUUCCUCAGGGCUGUGAUUUAUUUGUUUUUCUUAGUUAACGGUGCUACUGAGCAUGUGCAGAAUGAGUGUCACCACUGUGAUUGACAGUAUUACAACCCACACUACCCCCCAAUUUAAACAACAGAACCGCUAAUCAGGACAAUAGAGUUACUAAGGAUGAAAGAAUGAACACUGUAAACAUGCCGCACAAGCAUCCGGUACACUCCAAUUCUUGGAACGUGCCCUUUUUUGUACAAUGUGAUAUUAUCUUGUGCUGACUUGGUGUCAUGAGUUUGUGUGAAUUUCAUACGGAUUGGAUUGAGAGCAUCUACGGAGAAGAUCUGCCCAAGAAAACAAGAUGACUGAUGUGAAACGGAAUUUUUUUUUUUGUAAAUGGUUCAUUUCAUUAUUCAUGUACAAACUUAAAACAUUUUCAUUUGUUUAACUGAAAAGUGGCUGUAUUUAUAACACAAACUAUAAAUCAUCGUUAGCUGAUAAAACGAAUGUGGUGAUUAGUGAUUAAUUUGUCGGAAUACUGAUCGGAUGGUUGUAAGUUUGAUUCCCAGGUCCACCAAGCUGCCACUGAUGGGCCACGAGCAAGGCCAACAACCCUCAAUUGCUCAUUAAAAAAAGAGAGAUGUAUGUAAGUUGCACUGGAUAAAAGUGUUUGCCAAAUACCAUAAAUGUAAAUUAACUGUCA